UUGGUGUAUCGAAAGGUGCUGAAAUGGGUCACUGUAGUUGCUCUCACAGCAUACGUCGUGCAGCUAUGCCUUUAUCGCAGUGAAGCCACUGAACCACAUGUGGACGGCGAAGUUGACGAUGCGUUUGAAGUGGUCCGAGAAGCUUUCAGAUCGAACUUCGUGGACGGCUGGGAACGUGGUGGAGCAGCGUUUGUAGUAUAUUUUAAUGGUAAAAAAGUAGUGGACUUAUGGGGAGGAUAUGCUGAUAAGGAGUGUGGUCGACUCUGGAGAAAAGACACUUUGAAUGUCGCUUUUUCCUCGACAAAAGCGGUAGCCGCUAUUUGUGUGGCGCAGCUGGUCGACCAGGGCCGUUUAGCGUACGACGAUUUGGUCACGAAAUACUGGCCAGAAUUUGGUAAACAUGGUAAAGAAAACAUCACCAUCCGUUGGUUGUUAGGACAUAGAGCCGGUCUGGCUUACACCGACAAAAAAAUCGAGUUUGAGAUAGCCAAUAAUUGGAAAGCAAUUGCUAAGGUUUUUGAAGAACAGGUACCGAAUUGGCCCCCCGGAACGGAAGUAGGUUACCACGCGAUAACCUAUGGAUGGCUUGUGGAUCAGAUUGUUCGUAGGACGGAUCCGAAGCAUCGCUCCAUUGGUGUUUAUUUCAAGGAGGAAAUUGCAAAAAAGUACAACUUGGAUUUCUACAUCGGUUUACCUCGCUGUGAAUCUUCUCGUGACAUGACUCUGAACAAUCCCGAUUUAUAUGAGAUCGAACAAGCAGCUGUUCUUGGUAUUGGCACAGCUCGAGCCAUGGCUGAGCUUUUUGAGAGGCUACGACUCGGAGAGUUAAUGAGUGCAGAAGCGUUCAAGAAGCUAACAAGUGACUAUGUCUUGAAGAGGGACAUCGUCACUGGGGCAUAUGUUCCUCGUGGGCAAGGGCUGAUGAUCAAGCCUUUCCAUCAUAAAAAUGAAACGUUUGAACUUCUCGGACAUUCCGGAUACGGUGGACAAAAUGUACGAAUAGAUUUGAAGAACAACGUGACGUUUGCGUACAUGAGCAAUGCAUUAAAGGUCGGCUUCGGUGACACAGCCAGAACUUACGUGCGUUUACUUCAUGCUCUUUACGAUGUUGGCCAGUGUGUAGUUGACAUUUGGGGAGGGUUUGCUGAUCGAGAAUCUGAGCGUCGUUGGAGAGAAGACACUUUGCAGAUUAUCUUCAGUACCUCAAAAGCAGUUGGUGCAAUUUGCGUAGCAAUGUUAGUUGAUCGUGGUCGUCUUAGGUAUUCGGACAAAAUGUCACUUUUUUGGCCUGAAUUCGCCAAAAAUGGGAAAGAGAACAUCACCGUUGAGAUGAUACUGACUCACACGGUGCGUUUCGUUUUCAAAAAAAAUCCCAGUAAAAACCAAUUGAGACAUUUUCAGUCUGGGUUGGCCUAUCUCGACGGCAAGAUCUCGUACGAAGACGCAGCAGAUCCGGAGCGAAUGGCCAAGUUGAUAGAGGAUUCUAGACCAAUCUGGGAACCUGGUAAAGACGUCGGCUACCAUGCGCUAUCCUAUGGGUGGUUGAUUGACCAGAUUAUCCGGCGGACAGACCUCAAAAAGAGAGGAAUCGGCCAGUUCUUUAAGGAAGAGAUCGCCGACAAACACGGGUUGGAUUUACAUUUUGGCUUGCCAAUGGAGAAGGCAUGGCGUGUAGCCAGAAUUACGCGUCCCACAGUUAUCGACCGAAUCGAUGAGUUCAUUACCGAUCCAGAUAAUCUUGAUUACGGAUUUAUCCUCAAACAGUACCUACGAGGUGGGCUUGGUAUGAAGGUAGCAACGAAUCCAUCAUGGCUGCAAACAGUCUUUAAAGUCGCUCUUAAGACACCAAUAAACCUGUUGUCUUUUCAGAAAAUUACCCUCAACAACCCAGAGUUGUACGCAUUGGAGCAGCCGGCUAUUCUUGGCAUUGGAACGGCUCGUGAUAUGGCAAAACUAGCUCAGCUCCUUAUAGAUGGCAAGCUCAUCAGUAGGGUAACUGAGUUUUCCAUGUUGCUGAUCAAAGCCAUUGUCUCGCAUCAACCAAAAACUCCUCAUCAUUCAGCCUACGAUGAACCUUCUUAA